UACACGUGUACUUUAGAGCAGCCCCGCCUGUUUGCAGAGCUCUUGCUGUAAGUCAACGCUUUACGGGAGCUAUCGCACUUAAGCCUCAGAACAACUUUAUGAGGUCUGAGAACUGCCAGACCUCAAGACGGACAACAACUGUUUCAUUAGAUACUGCAUCUAGUUCUCCAGUCAUAAACUUGUACAACAUUCACUGAAAUUUGUUGGCCUAUUUCUAACAGGCUUGUUUAUGUGCAUUUUUACUCUAUCCUGGACUGGAAUCAGAAAAUUGGACAAUGUUGCAGGUUCUGAUUGAUGCAGGCACACUGACCAGCCAAAGUGAGAACUGGUAAGUAAAAGUCCUCCUUCACGGGAAUAGUGAUGGGUGUUUUAAAAACUUGGAAUCAAGUAUACUUUUUAUGAGUACAAUAAGAAAUGAUUCAUGAACUGAAUGACAGGAUAUAGUGGUCAAUUUAGAAAUACAUAUUGAAAUUAAAUAAAAAUCUCUAUGAAUAACCUGCAUUUGUUGACAGCAUCCAAUUUUAGGAAAGGUUUUAAAAAAUCAUGAAUAAUCAUCAAAGUCACUGCUUCUCAGACUUUUCCACAAAAGUUUGGUUAAUAGCAGAGAAGAGUGAAUAACUGCCCCAAAAUCUGUGUCCCAAGAUAGAAUUUUCUUUAGUUUUGCACUUUGUCUUAAAUUUAAAAUGAAAGUGCAUUAUAUACCAUAAUAGUCCUAUGGUUAAUAUAAAUAUAAUGCUUGUAAUUUUUUUCAAAAUCUCUGAGUAAAAUUGAUAUUUUAGAAAAUGAUCCAAGUUUAUUCAGCUUUUAAAACCCUGGAAUGCUUAAAGUUCCCAUUGCCCAAAGCUGGGCUUGUACAGGCAAGGUUCUAGGCUAUUUCAUGGUUGUACAAUACAUUCGUUUUCAGUUCUUCUACAGUUUAGCCAAGGCUAUUUAUAUAGUAUAUGGCAGGGAAUUGAUUAAUUAAUGUUUACCCACACUGAAACUGAGUGUUACAGAAACUGAAAAUUCAGAGUGAAAUUUCAACAGACUACACUACAAGAAAUGUUAAAGAAGUCCUUCAUACAGAAGGGAAAUGAUACCAGGUGGAAAUACGGAUUUACACAAAGGGAUGAUAAGCACUGGAAAAGCGUCCAUGUGUGAUGUACGACUCCUGCGGGCAACAUUUACACCCACGGUGUAUGUCAGUGCCAUUUCCUGAAGCACAGUUAAGAGGCUACACAGAAACCAACAUAACAUUGUAAAGCAAUUAUCCUCCAAUCAAAAACUGAAGAAAUUAAACGAAAAGGAAUGCAAAGAUUAACGAAUGAGAGAUCUGAGUAGUCUAGUCUGGCUAAAGGAAACAGACUUGGGAUUGGUUCCUGUAAGUGAAACUACUGUAUCAAAGAUUUGGACAUUUUUGACUCCAGAAAGGUAAUAUAGUAAUAGAUGGGUGUGUAAAUUACAUUCUUAGUAACAGUUAUUAGCACUUAUUUUCAGUCUCUGCCAAUCUGAUGGAAAGACUCUUUCUGUAAUUUAGAUAAAGUUGCAUUUUGCUCAUACACUCAUAUUAAUAACUUAACCAUUUUAGGGACUUAAGGUUCUUUAUAGAGCCUUGCCAAGAUAUUGAAGAAAAUAUAUUUUGUUUUUGGCUUUGGCCGCAUUUAAGAUAAAUUAUAUUUUGAACACACAGAAGGGUGAGGAAAAAGGAACAUAAAAAAGGAUCCAAAUUAUUUUCCUUAAUAAAAAGUAAGAUUGUAUUUUUUUUUAGAAACAGGAAAGUUUUAUGAUCGUCUAAGAAGCUUAAUAGAUAUAUAAAUUGAUUUUCCAUUAUAGAAAUGGAGAAUACUGCUGCUUUUUACAUUUCUAUUAAAUAUAUAUGCAAUUAAUUAUUUCUUGGGCACAAAGGAAGUUCAACACAGUACAAGAACAUAUUCUUGUACUAUGUACAGGCCAUAUUCUGACAACAAAACAAUGCUCUGUGAUGACCUAGAUGGCUGGGAUUGGAGGUAGGGGUAGGGUGGAGGGAGGUCCAAGAGGGAAGAGACACAUGUAGUCUUCAAUUCUUAAUGUAGUAGUAGAGCAAUAUUACUAUCAACCAGCAACAUCGUGUUUUAUUUAUGGAAAUCAUUGAAUUUAUUGCUUAAGGUGCCAUUUUUACUACAGAACUUUUCAGAAUGCUUCGAAAUACUUAGUCUAUAAGGUUAAGAAAAACAUUCACUGGAUAACUACUUUGAAAUAAUUUCCACAACCCUGUCUUCAUUCAAGAGGCCUAGAAACAGACUGGCUCACUUCCAACUUCCUUACUUGUUAUCUUUGCUAUGAAGUCAUUCUAUAGAUAGGUUAAUAAGCAUUCUGGCAUACAGCAAAAUUGCAUCUGUAAAACUAUAUGGCACAGUUUGGCUGGGGUUGUUCCUCCUUCGGAACUGUAUUACGUAAUUUUAAGGUGUUUACUUAAGCUCCUUUGGGCUGCCUCCAUGGUAGCUAUGAAGUCACUGAGAAUUAGGAACAGUUUGCGGCCUGAUAACAAAGUCUAUUAGUUUAAUGUGAACACUGUCAAUUUUUUUUAUCAUUGCUGUAUAGGGAAGUUUAAAAACAAAGAUAUUGAUUCAUUUUAUUUUUUAAAAGAGCUUGCUACUUCGAAAAUUAUGAAAUAUAAUACAAAGCAAUCAUAAAUGUACAUUUGCUCAUUACCUAAAUGUGCUUAUUUUAAAACUUGUAAUGAAUUCACAAUGUGAUUUUGACCCAAUAGAACUAUAAAUAAUUAUGCAAAAUUACCAAAAUGUAUAGAGCACAGCCUUUAGCAGAGUAUGAAUUAUUAAAACAGCCUAAGCCUUCUCUAAGUCAUAAAGGAAGUUUUCUAUGAGAACAUCAAAGGUAUAUAAACUGUAAUAAUAUCAGCUUUGGGAGAAUUUAAAAAGAUACCAGGUUAUAAAAAAAGACUAUUUUAUCUUGAUUGAAUACAGAAAGGUAUUUUCAGUUCCUUAGAGAACUCUUAAGCUCCUUUACCAACCAAAUAACAGUAUGUCAUGCAGUUCAGGCAGUAGGCAUUGUAAAAGUGAAAGAGCUAUUCAAAUUUUGUAUGGUAAUAAUCAAGUUUUAUAUCAAUUCAAGGAAACAUGCAGAUUCUUAUACCUAAAAUCUCAACCAUCACUUUAGAAUUAUACUGAGUUUUAUGAAUCAACAAGCCCAAGUAAAAAAGAUCCUGAUAUCUAAAAAUGUAUAACCCUUUUUAAGAACUGUCAUUCUGUCUUAAUUAUAUAACAUGAAUUUAUUAUAAAAUUACUUAAUGGAAUAAUCUCCAUGGCAUUUUGCUUUUAAACUUGGAGAAGUCACUGAUGGUCUUGCAAUGAGCUAGUAAUAUCCAAAGUCAGGGACAGUUUAAGGAGGCAGUGGAAAACUUUUAGGACCUGAUCAUGUCUUUGAAAAGUGCAGCCACUGGGAGUGUCCUACCUAGCUUUGGAGAGACACGAGUCUGUAUAUGGAGGCCUGACCUGGAGGGGAGGGAAUGGUCAUGGAGGAGAAAAAGGGGAGAAGAUUAUGAGAUUGCCCACUCAGACUGGCUCUCAAUUAGCUCUGCUGUAAUGAUGAAAUACUUGGAUUUUUAUAUUCACUUCUAAUAUCAAAAAAGGAUAUUUGUUAUGUUUAAACAGUUUUUAUAUACAACGUAUUGUUUAAAUCUGUUUAUCUGAAGUUAAAAUGUGUGGUGAUUUUAAACACAUGGCAAAUUCUUUGAUACUCUUCCCAGUAAAAGGCAGAGUCUGAUUCUCCUUCUAGAAUCUGUAUGGCUUAAGUGAUACGCCUCAGAGGAACAGAAUGUGAUGGAUAGGAUUUCUAGGAUUAGGUUCUACAGCUUCACUUGGCUCUCAGUCUUGGGACCCUUGGAACCCAGAGCCAUGCUGUGAGGAAGCCCAGACCACAAGGAGUGGCCAUGUGCAGGUGUUCAGGCUGAAAACCCUAGCUAAGAUCCUAGCCAUCUGUGAGCAGGGAUUGCUAGAUGGGGAAGUGAACCGCCUUCAGAUGAUGCAAGCCUUUAGCCUAUGAGCUGCCCCAGCUGACUCCCUGUGGGCUAGAAACAAGCAUCUUGCAGAGCCCUACCCAUAACUGCAUAUUCCUGAGCAAGUGUUGGUUUUAAACCAUUACGUCCUGAGGGUGGUUUGUUUUGUAUCUGAGUUUCUGCUUACAUUAAAUCUCUAGCUCAGGUUAGCUGUGACAACUGGGAAACCUUUUCCCCUCACUUUUUGUUGUUUCCCUAGCCAGACUGAGAUCUUAAGCACUUCUCGGUACUAACUGUGUAUGAUUAAGUGUGGUUUUGAAGGGCCAUGAGAAACAAAUACCACCCUUAUGGGAAUUCAUUCUAGCUCAUGUCCCUUUCCUUGAAGGUCUGGUGGUUGAGCAGGGCAAAAACAAAGCUUGAUUCCAUCUGUCUCUCCUUUUCUUCUUCUCCAGCUAUCCAGUUUUUAAAAAGAGAGGAAAGCAAGAUUUUAUCCUCUCCUGCCCUUGUCUCCCUUCUGAAUUCAAAUCUUUGGGAAGGUGCUUUCUUUUUCACUGGAAGGGUACACAGCCUUUUCAGUGGAUUUUCAGCCACAGCUUUUCAUUCCUUUUCAAGGAAGCAAAACAGAGUUCCUCCUCCUGAACCAGAGGCCCAUUUCUCCUCCCAGUCCACAGCCCAGACUAGAAUGGGGAUCCCUUGAUCUGGCCCGUCAGUCACUUUCCCAUUCUACCAGCUCUUUCAAAUUAGCUUUCUUGAACCCCUCUCCUAUCCCCACUGCCACUAGGUAUACAGCAGUGGUCCUAGUUGAUUCUUAGAUCACAGGCUAUUUUAUUUUCCAUCUUCCUGAUUCCAGGACACCACCUGGUGUAAUCUUUUCAAGGACCUGUAUUCUUUUCAUACCUGACCAUGCAUUUCCAUUAAAAAAAUGAAAUCCUUUUAUGGUUUUCCCUUUUCUGUAGGUUUAAAUCCUGAGGCCCAAUAAUCAUUUACACACAGAGCAAACACUUGAGAUUGUAUGCUGAAUUGUAGUAGAGGUUACUCUGGAGAGAGACCAGAUUGCUCUCCCUAGGUUCUCAAAAGGGUAUUCGUGCCCCCAAAAGCUAAACACUUGUAGGUCUCAAGCUACAUUCCAAACUCCCCAGCGUGGACUACAAAGUCCUGUGUGACCUGGCCUUUCAUCCAGCCUCCCUUCUCCCCCUUUUCACAGCCCACCCAUUCUUACUUGGCUGUAGUUGUUCACUACAGGCUUUGUACCUGCUACUUUGCUUGUUCAGCUUGGGAAAACUCUUUCCUUAGCUGGUCUAACUUCUGCCCAUCCAGGAAACCGUCUUAACUUCUGCCCAUCCAGGAAACCGUCUUCUUUCUUUUAAGAAGCACCUCAGGUCAGCUACCUACAGGAAGCUAUUCAGGCUAAGCAAGCUGGGUGUGAAUUCCUGCCUCCCUGAAGCCAGGCUAGCAACUGCUCUUUCUCUUAGCGUCUGCCUCUUGGAUUUCCAAACUAGGGUGGAGGUGGGAAGAAAAUAAAACAGUGAAGUAAAACCUGUAAAACAAGCAAUGACUAAUAAAUUGUUUGUGCUGUGCAGCACUUACACUGAACAAUCAUCCCAGGCUGUAGUAUACACUUUUGUAGUGCUUUCUUAGGAGGGAGAGAUUGGGUAGCAAACGUGUAAUUUAUAUUUGCCCCAGAGUUUUGACGAUAAAUACAACAGACACCUUGCUGUUAAGAGAAUUUCCUACAGGAAUUUUCAGCACCAUCCCAUUUUCCUUUAUCUUAUGCCCAGCCACCAAAUGGUGUUAUGUAUUUAACAAAUACUGAAAUUAAUAAAUAUAGUUCUGAUAUUCUGCUAUCUACUAGGAUUGCUGGGUCAUUUAUCUGAAUUGUUUCUCCUUGGUUCACGCAACAUCACCGCCCCCAAAAGGUCUAACACAUCGUGAAGUGUCCUUAAAAUUCUCCACCUACCCAGGAAGACGCUCCUACUUUUUGAGAUACACUGUGUACUUGUGAGGUCUGCUUUCUCUCACAGCACAGGCUUUUUUAAGUCAACCCUUUACUCGUUCAGAAAAAGUUAAGGCUUAAUUGUUGUCUUGAAACAGAGCUCUUUUCCCUCCUCGGGCGGACGGAUCUGAGAGAAGUGUAUUUCCCUGCUACUAACGAAUCAACUUAUAAAUAGCGCUUACCGCGCUGAGUCACCAAAACCCGGAGUUUCCCCAAAUAGCUUUAUAACGACUGCUGGAAUCGAGUGCUCCGGAACGGUGACAAACGCCUGUCACACACCCGCGAGGCUGGACGCUAGGCUUGCGCCGCCGAGCGGGGUCCCCAAACACCCGGCUUUCGGAGAACGCGGGCACGGCAGCCUAUGUCCCAGCCUGGAGUUGAGAGUCGGACCUCAGGAGCGCGCUGGGCGCUCUCGGAACGCGGCCAAGACUUGGCCUUGACCGUCCGGGGCCGUCCCCGCCCCCUCCGGAGCUGGGAGCCGCAGGGGGCCGGCACCAGCCUCCGCGCGGAGCCGCCCGCUCACACAAUGGGGCGCGUCGGGGGAGGGCGGCCUCAGCCACCGCUCUGGGCCCGGGCUUCGAGCAGCUGGGGACGAAGCCAGGAGCUGGGGCAGCAACGAAAACCCCCUCCACCCGUCUCCUGCCCGCCCACUCCCACACUUCGAAAUGGCUGCAGCCGCCGCUUAGGGGGCUGGUUGGGGGGGGGGAACGGAAGUGCCACCCCCUGCAGUCAGGGGAUGGUGACGUCAUCCCUACUGUCAGCCUGUAGCGGGGGCGUCUGCCCGUCACGUGACCCCCCGCUCCAAGCCGAACCCCGCGCGCGCGAGCGCGCGCUCCCUCCCCCACAAGCUUCUCCCCAGCUCUCGCCCUCCCCGCUCCAGCGCGGCUGUCAACAGCGCCAGCUCCGCCCCCUCCCCCGCGCCCAGUGUAACCGCCACGGCGGCGCGGCGAGCGCUCGCGCUUGGGACCGGGCGCCCCGGAGGAAAGCGUUGCCUUCUGUCCUCACCUCGCCCCCCUCCCCUCAGUCGCCGGCGCGGCGGGUCGCGUGGGCACCGGAGCCAGGAGUGUGCGGUGGCGUGCGGCGACAGCGCUUCUCCGCUCAGCCCUCCCACAGCAGCUGCGCGGGACGAGGUGGGGACGCUAGGUCCGAGCUCCGAGGGGGCGAGCUGGGCUCAGCAGCCCCCUGGUCCUGGCGCGUCUUCCCUGGGGGUUCGGUAUCCCAAGCAGGAGCUGCAGCAGGGAGCCCGCCGUCGACCGCUCGCUCGCCCGCCCGCGCCCCCGCGGCGCUCCCGCCUCCACUCUCCUCGCCGCCUGGGCGGCGCAAGCUAGUCCUGGCUUCGUCUCUGGCCGCGGCGCGGCCACCGGCUGUACGACGAGGGGGGCCAGGCGCUGACCGUCUCCGGAGCCCCUCGGCCACCCCGCCGUGCACUGCUAGGCUUCCAGAUUGGGUGGCUGUCACUGCUGCGCCUCGCUCUAAUUUUUUCCCCCUUUAUUCCCUUCUAAAAGUAGAGGCUUGGGGGAGGGAAGAGAAAACCCAGUGUAGAAAGGGGCGGUGCGGACUGACCUGUCAACGGUGGAGGAGGAAGACCCCCCGAUCCGGGCGAGCUCUCGAGCCCGCGCAGGGACCGGAGCCCUGGGUUCGCGCGGAGAGGCGCGGCGGCGGCGGCGGCGGCGGCGGCGGCGGCAAUGCCUCAGCCAGGUGUCCCCCCUCGGCUGGGCCCGCGCUGCCGCGCCGCCCCCUCCCCCGGGCGCCGCGCUCCCCGCCCCAUCGCCAGGGACCAGGGAACCCCCCAGCUCGAUUUUUUUGUGCAGUUUCAGCAAAGCUCCGAGGAAGUUGGUCCUUUUGUUCCACUAUUUAUAGAUUGCGUCAACAUUGCGAAAAGGAGAAGGCGGAGCGGUGGCCCCUCCCCCCUCCCCUCCUCCAGCCGGCUCCUGGGAGAGAAAAGCCCCAGCACACGACCUAAGUACACAGCGCGC